AUGGGAAGCUCGGCCUCGCCCGCCACUCUGCGUGUUGCUGCAGCGCAGUAUGAACCUGAAUGGCUUGAUCUCCAGGCCUCCGUUGCAAAGACGUGUGCCAUCAUCAAGGAAGCCGGCAAGCAGGGUGUAAAGGCCUUGGGAUUUUCUGAAGCUUUUAUCCCUGGGUAUCCUGCGUGGAUAUGGCAGCGACCCCUUGACCCAGUUUUGUCGACGAAGUACAUCCAAAACUCUCUGGCCGUCGACUCAGACGAGAUGCGAACAAUCCAACAGUGCGCUGCCGAGAAUGGUGUUGUGGUGUCGUUGGGAUUUUCAGAAAACGACCACAACUCCGUCUACAUAGCUCAGGCGCUGAUUGACUCUGAUGGCAAGCUGCUCAUGAAGCGACGAAAACUCAAACCUACGCAUAUGGAACGCACCAUCUUUGGGGAUGCAUCAGGCGACAGUCUAACGAACGUGGCCCAAACAAAGAUUGGGAAGCGAGUGGGUGCUCUGGCCUGUUGGGAGCAUUGCCAGCCUUUGCUCAAGUAUCACACUGCCACACAGCGCGAGGAGAUCCACUGUGCCGGGUGGCCGCCACUAUCGCCCCAUUCUGGACCUGAGCUGUGGUCGAUGUCGGCAGAGGGGUGCCUCAGCCUUGCCCAAACGUACGCCAUCGAAACACAGACGUUCGUGUUGCACGCCACCACAGUCAUCAGCUCCAAAGGGGUUGACGCCAUGUCAACGGCUCAAUCAAUGCUUAUGAACAAGCCAGGUGGCGGCUACUCGGCGGUCAUUGGACCUGACGGCCGCCGACUCACAGAACCUCUUGAUCCGUCCACGGAAGGCCUUGUCAUUGCAGACAUCGACCCCAACAUGGCCCUUAUGGCUCGCAGCUUCUUGGACAUCUGUGGUCAUUACAGCAGGCCCGAUCUGCUGUGGCUGGGCUGUGACACGCGAGAACGCAGGCAUAAGAUUGACAAGGCUGGGGCUGCACAGGCUGCUGCCCAGGAUGGCACAGAAGAGGAAAAUGAUUGA